CGUCCCCGACGCCACUCAUGCGUCCCACAGGCUCCGCCCUCUUCCGGGUCCGAGUGCCCGGCCCGCAUGGCUGCCGGCAGACGUGUGGGGCUUGGCCCGCGGUCGCAUCCCGCCAUGGCUCCGUGGAAGAAGAAGAGGCUGCGGAAACGCCGAACUGGGGCUUCCCAGGCCCGCGACAGCGAUUCGGAGGACGGCGAGUUCGAGAUCCAAGCAGAGGAUGACGCCCGGGCGCGGAAGCUGGGCCCUGGCAGAGCCUUGCCCUCAUUUCCCACCUCAGAGUGCGUAUCAGAUGUGGAGCCUGACACCCGAGAGAUGGUACGAGCCCAGAACAAGAAAAAGAAGAAGUCUGGAGGCUUCCAGUCCAUGGGCUUGAGCUACCCAGUGUUCAAGGGGAUCAUGAAGAAGGGCUACAAGGUGCCAACACCCAUCCAGAGGAAGACCAUCCCCGUGAUCUUGGAUGGCAAGGAUGUGGUGGCUAUGGCCCGGACAGGCAGUGGCAAGACAGCCUGUUUCCUCCUCCCGAUGUUUGAGCGGCUGAAGGCACGCAGUGCACAGACGGGGGCUCGGGCCCUCAUCCUCUCACCCACCCGGGAGCUGGCCCUGCAGACCAUGAAGUUCACUAAAGAGCUAGGCAAGUUCACUGGCCUCAAGACUGCCUUGAUCCUGGGUGGAGACAAAAUGGAAGACCAGUUUGCAGCCCUGCACGAGAACCCUGACAUAAUCAUUGCCACCCCUGGGCGGCUGGUGCAUGUCGCUGUGGAGAUGAACUUAAAGCUGCAGAGUGUGGAGUAUGUGGUUUUUGAUGAAGCAGACAGGCUCUUUGAAAUGGGCUUUGCUGAGCAGCUACAGGAGAUCAUAGGCCGCCUUCCUGGGGGCCACCAGACAGUGCUGUUCUCAGCCACACUGCCCAAACUGCUGGUGGAAUUUGCACGAGCAGGCCUCACAGAGCCCGUGCUCAUCCGCCUGGAUGUAGACUCCAAACUCAAUGAACAGCUCAAGACUUCCUUCUUCCUUGUGCGUGAGGACACCAAGACUGCUGUGCUCCUCUACCUGCUACAGAAUGUCGUUCGGCCCCAGGACCAGAACGUGGUGUUUGUAGCCACGAAGCACCACGCAGAGUACCUCACAGAGUUGCUGACGGGCCAGGGUGUGAGCUGCGCCCACAUCUACAGUGCCUUGGACCAGACGGCCCGCAAGAUCAACUUGGCCAAGUUCACACACAACAAAUGUUCCACCCUUAUCGUGACUGACCUGGCUGCCCGGGGCCUGGACAUCCCACUGCUGGACAACGUCAUCAACUACAGCUUCCCUGCCAAGGGCAAGCUUUUUCUACACCGAGUGGGCCGAGUGGCCAGAGCAGGCCGAAGUGGCACAGCCUAUUCCCUGGUGGCCCCAGACGAAGUUCCCUACCUGCUCGACCUUCACCUGUUCCUGGGCCGCUCUGUCACCCUAGCCCGGCCUCAUGAGGAACCUUCUUCAGCAGGUGCAGUUGGCAGGGAUGGUGUGCUGGGUCGGGUGCCACAGAGUGUAGUGGAUGACGAGGACAGCAGCCUGCAGACCGCCCUGCAGGCGUCACUGGAACUUCAGGGUCUGCAGCGUGUGGCCAACAAUGCUCAGCAGCAGUACCUGCGCUCGCGUCCGGCACCCUCACCGGAGUCCAUCAAGAGAGCCAAGGAACUGGACCUGGCAGAGCUGGGCCUGCACCCACUCUUCAGCUCGUGCUUUGAGGAGGGAGAGCUCCAGCGCCUGAGGCUGGUAGACAGCAUCAAGAACUAUCGCACACGCACAACCAUCUUCGAGAUCAAUGCCUCCAGCAAAGACCCAAGCAGCCAGAUGAUGCGUGCCAAGCGGCAGAGGGACCGGAAAGCUAUUACCAGCUUUCAUCAGGGGCGGCAGGAAAGGCAGGACGGCCCAGCUGACCCAGUCCCUCAGAGGGAGCUGCCUCAGAAGGAAGAGGAGGACAUGGUUGAGACUGUGGAGGGUGUCUUCACAGAGGUUGUGGGCCAGAAACAGCCAAGGCCAGGACCCAACCAAGGAGCCAAGAGGCGGAGGAAGGAGGCCAGUCAGCGAGACCAGGAAUUUUAUGUCCCCUACCGGCCCAAGGAUUUCGACAGUGAGCGGGGGCUGAGUGUCAGUGGGGCUGGAGGGGCCUUUGAGCAGCAGGUGGCCGGUGCCGUCCUUGAUCUGAUGGGGGAUGAAGCCCAGAACAUGAGCCGAGGGCGGCAGCAGCUCAAGUGGGACCGGAAGAAGAAGCGGUUUGUGGGGCAGUCAGGCCAAGAGGACAAGAAAAAGAUCAAGACAGAGAGUGGCCGGUUUAUCAGCAGCUCUUACAAGCGCGACCUCUACCAGAAGUGGAAGCAGAAGCAGAAAAUUGAUGACCGGGACUCCGAGGAAGAAGGACCAUCCAACCGGCGAGGCCCUGGGCCCCACAGAGGUGGAAAGCGAGGUCGUAGUCAAGGUGCGUCCCAGUCCCGAGCUUCCAGUGUACCCACAGGCCACAUGCGCUCCGAACUCAAGACCAAGGAACAGAUCCUCAAGCAGCGCCGUCAAGCCCAGAAGCAGCGCUUCCUGCAGCGAGGGGGCCUGAAGCAGCUUUCAGCACGCAACCGCCGCCGAGCCCAGGAGUUGCGCCAGAGCGCCUUUGGCCGGGGUGCUCCCACCAGGAAGGGCAAGAUGAGGAAAAGGAUGUAAAGAGCCAGACUCAGCCCUGGGGCUUCCUAGUAGCCCUGGUGCGGACAUCAGGGACAUGUUUCCAUGUGCUGUUGGCAGAUCCUUCCACAGAGGAGCCAGUGUCUAUGAGGAGCAGUGCCACAUGGCCACAGAAAGCAACAACUGCUUUUGACUGGGACACUGGGUGGACUCUUAGAGGAGGAUGCAUAGGCGUCUAGCUAUGGAAAGCAGGCCGACCAAGUCCUGAGCCUGCAAGUCAGCUAGCUGCUUCCAUUUCUAUGCAUUCAGGGUUCAGAGAUUGGGGCCAUAUGGAUGCCUCCGACUCAGUAUUGAGUUUUAAUGAGUAAACUUUACUGCCUCUAGUAGACCAGGAGUGUAGCUUGCUUAGGAUACUGGAAGGUGUCUCAGCUGAGGCUGAGAGCAAGUGGCCAUGCCUGUGUGUCGCUCCUGGCCGCCGAAUGAAGAAAAUGAGUGGCUGGAUCCACUUGCCCAUGGCGGCUCAGCACCACUGCAGGGCAGAGGAAGGCUGUGGGUGGCUUUGCCCUCUUGCACAUGGAAGAGAGAACCAGCCUGUGCCAUCCUCGGGUGCGCCAUCCUGCUGGUGGCUUUCCUCACCUCUUGAUUGGGGGUGGAGGGUGGCAAGCAUCCUCCAGCAGCUGGACCCCAGUGCAGACCAAAAAGCAGAUGGUGCUGAUAAUCACCUCAGACACUGUGCACAGCAAGGGCCCGUCUUGGCAUGCACCAGCCCUGUCUGAGCUUGUCCAAUGCCCCCAGCCAGCUGGGAGAGGCCCGUCCCCAGCCUGUGUGGUGGGUGGAGCGAGCAGCACAGCUGCCCACCCCAUUGUCUACUUAACUGAGUUCAUACUGAGUGUCCUGUGGAAGGCUCACAAUGGCGUGAGCUGCCAUGGCUCCAUCUUGCCAGGAGAAAGGAGAUUCAGAGAGCAGUUGUGUUAAGCCUGCACACCAAGAAACGUGGGACUUGGUUCCUCGGGUUCCCUUCACUGUUCGCCUAGUCGGUUUAGGAGGCAGUCUCUGUGGGUUUAGCCUUAGGUUGGUCAAAGCUGGCCAGUAUGGCUGAGACACUCAUGAUAAACUGCUUCACCUGGGGGCAGGAACGACAUGGUCCGAUUACAUCCUCUCCCUACCCCUACAGAAGGAAGCCCAGGGCAGGGGCAGGCUGGGAAACCCCACUGGAGAGGCACUGGUAGUGUCUAGUCCAGCCUCUUAAAAGUUUCCUUUGUUUUACUUAUUGAUAAAGUAACUCAAACUUGACCUCUAA